UCCAUUAGGUCCGAUAAUCGCGGUCAAUUCGUGGAAAGGACCGAUGAUUUGGCGACCUUUAUAUGAUUUGAAAUGUUCUAUCUCUAUCAAUUUCAGGUACCCCAUAGUGAUGCAGUCUUCUGCGGCAGGCAGAUGAGAUUAUUUUUAGGCGACUUUUUGCGGUGUGUAGCCGGUGUAGAGGGUAGCUAAGUACAUAUUUCGUUCAUAUUUAGAAAGUGUCCAUCAAUUAGUCAUAUUUAAUUGUAAUACACUUACUUACUGUCAUCUCCAUUACCUUACACUGGACCUGUAACACUGGUUGUCAAUAAACACAUGCAUUGCAUCUCUCUAUUCUUCGAACGGUGGUUUAGUCUCGCGAGACAACGUCUAGACAGAAUGUGAAGGGGGAAACCUAGUCAAAUUAUUCUAAGGUAAAAGUAACUUGGUAAGUCUUGUAUGAGACACGUAACGCAGCUAUGGCAGGCCUAUAUCGGCUAUAUUCAUACACAAAGAGUCAGUAAGACUAUUUCAAAAGACAAUACUUUGAUGUAGAGUGUAACCCUGCCACAUGAGGUUGAGUAUGUAAAGUCCUGUUUCCAUGGUGAUGGAAUGCGUCAAACAAAGUUUCAAGCCAGGCGCAAGACAGUGUCAUUUCAUGGACAGAUUGUGGAUACAUUAGGUUUAGCCCAAAAACAAGCAGGUUUGCCAUAUUACUAGCCUAUAUUAUUAGUCAUACUUGUUCUAGGCACAGUGUUCUACAGCCUAUUGUUAGGAUACCGAUAUUUUGAGCAUUUUAACCGUUGGCUCGCUAUAUAGCAUUUAGGCUGGUUUUGUGAAUUUGAGCAACCUAACUUAGGCUACUAUCAAUUAGCCUUGUAACUAGCGCAGGCCAGUUAUUUUGCAUUACUUUGCGUUUCUUUUUGUUUUGAUAUUUAAAGGGAAUUAGUAGUAAAAGGAGAAAUGUAUAAAGUUGACCUACCAGUGGACAACUCGGUGGAAUUGGCGGUGGAGCGCCGAAGGGCAGCUGAGGCGGCUCGCCACAGCAGAAUAUUUAACGCCAGGAACCGAGUGAUCGGUUUGGACCUUCAAACCCUGGACCGACAGGUAGCAGAGAGGAGAGAACGGGAUGAGAUACAGAAGGAAUGUCAAAAGGCAUACGACGCCUUACGCGUGACCAAUGAUCAAAUGUUAGAGCAAAGUCAGCGAGAAGAGGAAGAAAGCAGACGAGAACUGAGGCGAGAUCUGCUUCGCUUCAGAGACACUUAUCAGCGUACAGAGGACUCUCGCGAUGCCGACCUCGCGUGUAACCGACAAGGGGCGCUCGAGCUUAAUCUUUCCAUUCCAGAGUCACAGCUGGGACCUGCCAGCAUGACAGUGUUUAAGGGAGAGGACCUGGGGGAGAAUGAGAGGAGAAGAGCUCAAAUGGGAGAGAAUGAGCGACAGCUGAGAGCUCAGAGAGAGGACACAGAAAAACUGCGCCACUGGCAGAAACAUCAAGAGCUCUUGCAGGACAAGUACAUGGUUCAGCAGGACCUGAGGUCAGCCCUUCUCCAGGACCUGGAGGACAAGGGCAAGAGAGUCGAGCGUCUGGCUCUUACCGACUUCAACCAGUCCCUGGCCCAGGAGCGUGCGGCGCGCGAGAGGCAGGAGCGGGAGCUGAACGACAGCACGGCGCUGUCCGAGAUCCGCCACAUGGUGACCUCCGACCUCCUGACAGAGCGGCCCGAGGCUGCUGAGAGGCCAGCGUGGCCGGGCCAGGGCCGGCGAGUGCUGACCGACCGCUGGAAGGGGAUGACCUCCGAGCAGCACAGCGCCAUCCUCAGGGAGCAGGAGCAACAGCGUCUGGAGAGAGAGAUACAAAGAGAGGCGGAGCGUCAGAGGGAGAGAGCCUGGGAUCAGGAGCGCAUGGAGCAGGCCAGGGCUCUGCAGGAGGAGGAGAGGCGCGGGCGAGAGAUGGAGAGACGGCAGAGGAUGGAGUUGGACAAAUACAACCAGCAGCUGGCUCAGGAACAGCAGCAGCAUCAGCAGUACCUGGACAAGCUGCUUUCCACCAACCAGCCUACUGCCCACUACUUCACCCAGUUCAACACCACCACCCGUUGAUCAUCGCCCUCUCCCAGCCGAAGCACUCCCACAGUACACUCAGCAAUCACAAAUAAAGCUUCUCUACUCUCACUGUA